UGCAAGCCACGCUGGCCACCAGAACCCGGCGAUCAAGUAGUGCCCCCCACCCGGCCCGGCGGCCGUAGACUGGGCGCCAGACGCACGUAAAAGCUCCAAUCCGGGGAUCCCGGCCCCCGGAAGCGGCGAAGGGUGAGCGAAAAUGGCGGCCGCGAGUCUCCCCCGGAGAGUGCCAGCAGGCCCCUAAAUGCCGCUCAGAUCAGAUGCCUACCCCCGCCAACACUCCAAACAACCAAAUGGGCCUCCCCUACACCAAGUCCGGCACCCUGGAUUGGCGCUUCGCCCGGGGCCUUGUGGCUGGGUUCCAUGUGUUGGAGAGACUUCUUUUUGUACUCCAGUGCUGACCCAUCUCUGACCGCAGACUGGCUCCUGGGACAUCUUCAGUUGAAAAUGAUGAGAAGACCAAAAAGCUGUGUCUGCAUCACAUGACUGACUAUCCAGAACCAUAUAUAGGCAGCUAAAUGGCAGCACUGAAGAACAAAAGCAAAAAACAGUUAGCUUAUGGGAUAAAGGAACGAGAAAGAGAGAGAAAGAGAAGUUACUAUCAUCUUCUGAAAUCAGGGAGAGCAACCCCAAGAACUGGCAGGCAAAAGAUGCCAGUGAUCAAUAUUGAGGACCUGACAGAAAAGGACAAAUUGAAGAUGCAAGUUGACCAGCUCAAGAAAGAAGUGACACUGGAAAGAAUGCUGGUGUCCAAAUGUUGUGAAGAAGUAAGGGAUUAUGUUGAAGAAAGAUCUGGGGAGGAUCCAUUAGUAAAGGGUAUCCCAGAGGACAAAAAUCCCUUCAAGGAGCUGAAAGGAGGCUGUGUGAUUUCAUAAAAAAAAUUUUUUUAAUUCCAUGGAAUAUCCUGAGCUUUAAUGACAUACUAUUUGGUCAUAUGUAAUAGUACUAUUAAGCAUGUACAUGAAUUUUUAAAUUAUAAAUAUGAGCAUUUAAUAAAAUUUGAACUGUGAUAA